CGCGAGCGCGCGACAAGGUACCGGCCUCACAGCGCAGCUCAAGACAAGUACAAUGUCGCGAAUCAGACUCUCUUUAUACCUACAACUUCCGCCAAUAAACUACUGACACGCACACUUUACAACAUCAUGCCACGACAAUUACCUUGGUUAAACAAAGGCAGCGGAAGCAGUGCACAAGUAAAGCAUCCGCCGAAACCAGUCAAGAAACGAAGCGUCGCGUCUGAUAUAAAUGAUGACUUCUUCGAUGGCACCGUUUUAGCAAGCUCUAGCAAAGGCAAGGGAAGAGCAGUGCCUGACGAAGUCGCAUCAGAUGACGACCUACCCGAUCUUCCAACAGAACCUUCAACAUCACACAGGAACUCGACGACUAACAAUGGGGUGCAUAAGAAGAGAGCACCAUCUUCAUCACCACCUCCGAUGGCAGACCUGGAACAACCACAGAUCGAAUCUAUGGACAAGGGCCUCUCCAAAUUCGAUUUACGCGAUGAUGAGUGGAUGAUGGUUGAGGAUGAGUUCCUGGAAACCGCAAAGCUCUUCACGCGACAUCUCCAUAUUGCGGAGUAUGAGCGGCUGAAAGAAAGGAUCGAAGAGAAGAAGAAGGAAGCAGAGGUGGCAAGGCCAGUAGUUGCCGAUGCGAAGUUGUCUGUCGAGGGUGCGAUGAAAGAGAAGGCCAAGGUGCAGGAGAAGAAACAGAGGAAGGCCAUUCGAGAUGUAUUCGCGUCUCAGGACGAUGAAGAUGAAGACGCAGAUAAUAAUAGAGCAUCCAUGGGCCCCCCACCAAGAGCGGUUACCUCUUUCCUCUCUGGUUCACGACGAGCGCCACCAAAUACGUCGAAAUCAACAUCAAAUUCAUACGCAGCACGCGAUUCUGAUAGCGACGAUUUAGACGCUCCACAACGCCCAGUAAAGCUUACACCGGCCCCAAGGGCAACAGCCACUACUGCCCCAGCGCCGAUCCGUCACACAGCCGCAACAUUAAAAUCUGCCUCGUCAAGCCUGGCCAACACGAAUGCAACUGCAUCCUUCGCCAAGCCUGCACCUCCCCUGCCAACUGCGAAACCGCGCUCAAGAAUAAGUCGCGCAACGCCCUUCGAUAUGCUAGACGACUACACCCCACGAAAGACACAUACAUCACCCAAACCUGCACCGAAUCAACGCGCAUCAUUGUCAUCAGAGAAAUCCCCGCAAUCUCCAUCGCCUGCUAAGCAUUCGACUGCAUUGGAUUCGGUCAAGAGUGGCAAGGGGGCACGAUCAGUGGAUCUUUUCGACGAUUGGGGUCCUGGCAAGAAGCACGCAAGCAGCAGUGUAAGCAAAGGAUCUACGGAUCAACAUACGAAGCGGAAGUCGCAGAGGGAGAAAGAGGACAAUGACGAAGAGAAGAGGCGUAAACUCGUGAAGCUCGACGAUAUUCCUACUUUUUUGUUUUGAGUUAAAUCUACCUGUAUGGUGUUUUGGAGUUCUGGUCAGCGAUACCCAUAUGGAUGAUAGAUAACCGGCUCAGUACGGAGAUGGAGACAUUAUUCUCAAUUUCAUAUUUGAAGCUUUUUUUUAUUCUUAUGUAUGCUAGCUUGAGCAUGGUAUACAUAGGACGAAUUUCCAUCUCAGUAAUGUACAGGAAUUGCGGCCCAGAUUCAGUAUAAACCCAUGCUGUACUGUUAAAGUCGUAGCCACAUAUGUACGAACUUGGCCG